GUUUAAUCAAUGAGCUGGUCCUAAACCGAUCAGUGUAAUUUAAACACAGCUGCAAACCCGAGAUCAACACAGGAGUUCUUCAUAAACAUCAGGUCCUUGGAGUCUUCAAGAUAACAUUGUUGCCUGAUCCUGUAUUCAGCUAGACCAUCACUUCUCUGGCAGUUGAGCACAGCCACAAUCUGUUUGAGGUGGUGCAAGACAUUCAGAACCUAGCAUACAUGCGAUGGAGCGGUUGAUCAGACUAUAUAAUGAGUGGGAAAUACAGCUACUUGUGCUCCUUAGCUUCACAUUGCAGUUGUUCCUCUUCUUCGCUGGCAGGCUUCGGCGGUGUAGCGGCAACAGGCUCCUAAGGCUCUCCCUUUGGGCUGCUUACUUGGGGGCAGACCUGGCAGCAGUUUAUGCACUUGGCUAUCUGUCACGGCAUCAGGAUAUCAACAUUGAAAGGCUAAGAAGAACCGAACAACUGGCUUUCUUUUGGGCACCAUUUCUCCUCAUCCAUCUUGGUGGGCAGGACACCAUUACUGCUUUUGCCAUGGAGGAUAACAACUUGUGGUUGAGGCAUCUCUUGAAUCUGCUCACCCAAAUUGCCCUAGCUUUAUAUGUAUUCCGGAAGUCCAUUGGAAGACACAGCGCGAACCUUUUACUCUCAGGCAUCUUUUUGUUUAUUGCCGGAAUUAUCAAGUAUGGAGAAAGAAUAUGGUCUCUCAAGUGUGGCCGUCUUAGAAGUCUUGAGAGCUCAACUGGGCAUCAGAGCAGAAAACAAUUGCCUGAAGGAAACGCCGGCGACGCUGGCUUUGUUGGCGCAGCCCUCAAUUCCAUGCCACGCGCCCUUGAUGUCUUAUUGGAGCGCAGCAUGAUUGAUCCAUCGUCAGACCAAUUGGACCAAUUGGUAAAGACAGAAGUUGACUCUGACGAAAUGAUCAAGAUGGUGAGGCUGCAGCUUGGCAUAAUAUACGACGACCUCUACACUAAGGCUCUUGUGCUCAGGACUUGGAGCGGAGUUAUACUUAGAUGCAUCUCCCAGGCCUCGGUUGUUGUUGCUUUUGCGCUCUUCCAUCCAGAUGACAAACAGAGGUAUAGCAAAGCUGAUGUUGCAAUCACCUAUACACUAUUUGUCGGGUGCUUUUUCCUGGAAGUCUGCUCAAUGUUCAUUUCCAUGAUGUCACCAUGGACAUGGGCAUGGUUGAAGGUUCAAAAUUGUGAUGUCCUUGCCAGGUUGUCAUGGUUUGUGUUUUGCUGUGACAUCGGAUACCCAAGGAUGAAACAACGGUGGCCAAAUUUGAUUGGGCAGUACAACUUCCAUAGCUGGUUGACUGAGAGCGACCUGCAGCGAAGUACACGUAAUCGACAAAUAAUGGUGGUCUUCAGAAAGCUGUUCGUGGGUUUGCUCGGUGUUAAAAAGAAGAAAAUGUUUUGGGUAAGCAAUCUAUUGGAUACCAAGUACACGGAUGUGGAUGAAAUGAUCGUGAAAUGUGUAGCAAAAGAGCUGAGUCUGUUACUACAUGAAUUUGACGAUGGUCAAGCACGACAAGAAUGGCCAAACAUUAGCCAACUGUUUGGCAAUGCACAGGAUGGAAUUAUUAGAGACUUUGGCUAUGGUAUUAUCUUCAUGCACUAUGUCACAGAGACACUUUUAGAAAAACCUGCUUCCCCCAGUGAGGACAUGGAAGCAAAUGCUACAAGGCCAGAUGUACCUUCUGGUCUGGUGGAGGUAUGCCAGAAACUCUCGAACUACAUGAUGUACCUUUUGGUUACCCACCCUUCCAUGCUGCCGCUGUCUAUCAGCGCCACAGCUACCCUGGAUCACUUCCACGAACCUGAACGGCUUAAAGAUGUCACAAAGCUCAUGGAGGACUUUGAAUUGGUGGCAACCAAAGAAACACUGGAGGAGAUAGCUCGCCUGUGGGUGAGGUUACUCCUCUACACUGCUGGCAAGUCGAAGGCAGAGAUGCACGCGGCGCAGCUGAGUGAAGGCGGGGAGCUGAUCACAUUCGCCUGGCUGCUCAUGGCCCACCGCAGGAUCGGGGAUUACCAUCUUAGAAGGAUUCAUCUUACCAAUGGCAAUACUCGUGGAGCAGAUGCAGAGUUGACGAAUGUAUACGCCUUCUAUGUUCCCCGAAAGUCGGAAGAUCAGAUACCGGCCGCUGAUCAUGGGUCGGAUGUAUAAGUCAUAUUACUUCGGGUUUGGUUGCCGUACUGUUUGAAUGUCGUGGCGUGCUGGAAGCCUACCUAUCCGUCUUCUGUUUGUGUUCUGGUGUGCUUCAGUAGUGUUCAGUUAUUUGUGCGGGUGUUCUUUCCUUGUUUGCUGUCCGUGUGAUGAAAUAAGGCGCUACAUUUUUCCUAUUUCCUGAUGAUAUGUCUAUGUAUAAUGUUACCAACAACAUGUAACCUUUAACAAUGCUAUUCAUUCAGUAUGUUAAAGGACUUGAUAUCUAGAGCACUUCAACAAGUCAUUUCCAUACCCUUCUUUUAAUGUUAAAGAU